ACGAAUCAUCCAAAAUGGCCACCGCCUACGCCACCACCUUUUCCACAGUCGUCGGCCUCGGAACCUCCUCUCUCUAUUCUCCUCCCUCCAAAUCUCCCUGUCUCGUCUCCGGGUUCAUCAAAUCCCCGAUGCCCACAAGGAAUCCAUUUCGCGUGGCGGGCGCAUCUGACCGAAGGUUCACAUGCUUUUAGAGAGACUGACUGCGGAGAGAUCUGAACGUGAUCAGAUUUGGACUGAUCGGGUGGAUUGCGCCGUCGAGCAUUCUGGUGAUCGACGGGAAGAGCUUGACCGGACUCUUCUUUGAGAGCAUUGGAGCAGAGCUUGCGCAUUUUCCUUCUCCACCCCCGCUCACUUCUCAAUUUUGGCUGUGGCUGAUUUCAUGGCACUUGGAUCUCUUCAUUACGCUUACCUUCGGACAAAUUGGGUUCAAGGGGAGGACCGAGGACUACUUUUCUAAGUGA